AUGAUCCAUACUCUCUACACCUUACUCUGCAUUCUUCUCUCCCAAAUCGACACUAUGAGCUUCCACGUAACCGCUUCCCACAUCGAGCUCGAGGAUGACCACAUCCUCAAGGCUGUUCUUCGCAACGAGGAUGGUGAUGAACAGGAGUCCACCAUCGAUCUCAAUGAUCACAUCGGGAAUAACAAUGGACAAUUCCACUGGGACGGCGGGGACUUCCUCUCCAGUGCAGAGGGUGUCAGUUUCGAUCGCGAAGGAGACGAUGAGAUCCCUGUUCUGAGGGCUCGCUUGCGUGAUGUCGAUGGCGAGGAACACGAUGCGGAUAUCAACCUGGCCGAGCGCAUUGGGAAUGAUAAUGGAAACUUGGUCUUCAACUAG